CGUCAUCGAGCUCGAAGAAAUCGAAACGAGUCGAGAGGAGUCGACGAUGUUACAAACGUUCUGCUGCCAGUUGCGUUUCGCCGUCUCUCGGAUCCUUUCUUCCUCCUUUCCGUUUGUCUCCAUUUCAAUCCGUUUUCUUCGAUUUGCCAUUUCGUUUUCGUGUCUCUCGCGCCUGAAUUGGCACAAUGUGGGUCAAGAGUUUCCGAUCUCGCAAAGAUUUUCCAAUACGACGCGACCGAGCAACCUAUAAAUAGAAUUUUAAUGACGAGCUUAAUUUAUGGUUCUCGUUCCGCUUCGAAGUGUAGUUUUGUUACAGAACGAAAUUAAGUCCGGCGACCUGGAGAAAUGUGUUUAGAAGGUUGGAGGAGUUGUGCGUCUAUUGGAUAACGAGAGAGGACUGUGACGCCAGUCACAAGCCACAGCCGCCGACGGACGACACUUUCUGUACACGUGCACGGCAACGGCUUAUCGAGCGUUCGUGCCGAACGAAGUUCGGCCCUAUCAUCGGGGAUUAAUUAAGAAGCGAGGACGCGAUUAGCCGUCGAUCGAGUCGGCGGUACGACGGGCGCCGGCACCUCCAUCGGCACUCACUCACUCGCACACACGCACGCAUACACGUAUACUCCUCGUAUAUGUAUGUACGGACGGCUAAGAGAGACGAAGCAACAGCAGCCCAGCAGCACGUGCACAUACACCGAGUAAAAGAGUGUGUGUGUGUGUGUGUGUGAGAGAGAGAGAGAGAGAUAGAGCGAGAAAGAGGGGGAGAGGGAGGGGAGAGAGCACUACGACGGCGGCCGAUCGCCAUUUAUCGUCCGUCGCGGAAUCGUCGAGGAGAGAGCGUGAAUGAGUUCGAAGAUCGACUGCCCACGAAUGAUUCACGCUGCCUACGCGAUUUACUACAUUACACGUGUGGCGAAUCAGGCGCUUACCGUUUCGCCACAGCCGGCAGUAACGGUGGAGGGGCCGGUAUCCAAAAUGUCUCCACCGACGAACGACGUGACCAACGGUGUAGUGGCGCCAGCAGCCACCUUGGCGCCCCGAGUUCCUACGAACCCUUCGCUUACCACCGUAAAUCCGCUCACACACAAGCGCACUCCGAAGGAUUUUAUUUUUGUCAAGGUGAUCGGCGAGGGAAGCUUCUCCACCGUUUACCUCGCCAAGGAUAUCCAUACCAGUAAGGAGUACGCGAUAAAAGUGUGCGAAAAGCGUCACGUCAUCAAGGAGAAAAAGACCGAAUACGUGAAACGCGAGAAGGAAGUGUUGAACAUGCUCGCGACAGCGAAACACUCAUUCGUGCGUUUGUUCUGCACCUUUCAAGACAUAGAAAGACUCUAUUUCGUCCUAUCGUACGCGAAAAACGGCGAGCUCUUACCUUAUAUCAACAAGGUUGGCUCCUUUGACAUCGAAUGUACCAAGUUCUACUCGGCGGAGAUCCUACGUGGUCUCGAGUACCUUCACGGUCUUGGCAUCAUUCAUCGUGAUCUCAAGCCGGAGAACAUACUUUUGGACGAGAAGAUGCAUCUGCUAAUUACCGAUUUCGGCAGCGCUAAAAUCCUAAAAGAUCCGGAGACACCGCAAGUGAUGGGAUCUCCGGCGGAUGACGCUCAACAACAACAACAACAACAACAACAGCAGCAGCAGCAGCAACAACAGCAGCCGCAACAGCAACAGCAGAGUCGCAAGGAACGCAGAGGUUCCUUCGUCGGCACCGCGCAAUACGUCUCACCGGAAUUACUGACCGACAAAACGGCGAGCAGAGCGUCGGAUCUUUGGGCGCUCGGCUGCAUCGUCUACCAGAUGGUCGCCGGUUUGCCACCGUUCCGUUCACGAAGCGAAUAUUUGAUAUUCCAAAAGAUCUUAAAGCUCGAGUACGAAAUACCCGAUGGCUUCUGCGAGUUGGCCAAGUCCCUUGUCAGUCGGCUUCUCGUGCUUGAACCGAACGAAAGACUCGGCGCUCAGGACGAGCACGGCGCUGGUUAUCCCAGUAUUCGUGCUCAUCCAUUCUUCGAGGGUGUCGACUUUGAGACCCUCCACGAACAAACGCCACCGCCGAUUUAUCCCUAUUUGCCCGGCACCUCGGAGCACGAGGAACUCAGGUCGCAGUACAGAGUUCCGGAUCAUCUCGAGCCCGGUCUCGACGACAAGCAACUAACGAGACUUCUCGGCCUUGGCAUCGGCGAGGACGACGACGACGACGACGACGACGACGACGAAGACGAAGACGACGAACACGAGAACAACGCGGACAACAGUGCCGAACCUCCUAGUGGUAACGAGCCGAGCGAACGAGCCAUCGAUAAACCCGCCCGUCGUGCCGCUGUACUUGCCGCCGCUGCCACCGUUGCCGAGAGACAACCGAGAAAGACUAGGACUUCCGGCACCGAAAGCAACAUCGCCGAUCUCACGCCCGAGGAGAUCAGAAACCGAUUGGAGAAGCAACGAACGUCCAGUCAAUGGGACGUCUUCGUCGAGGGUAAUCUCAUCUUGAAGCAAGGCUUCG